CUAACUUGACUGCGAUUCACUUGUCCUUUCCAUGCAUUCUGGAACACAUCAACUUUCUUACUUCCAUCCAUGUUGGUUCUGCACCAUUGCCAUAGUUUCAUAUCCUUGGUUUACAUAUCCAACUGCUCACGCCGGGCGCCUCCAUCAGCAGCGUGUCUAUUUACCCACCCACAUCCUUCCAAGAUCCAUCAGCGACCCCCACAAUUCCCAACUCGCAAAAUAUCUUGGACUCUAGUCAAGACGAAAUCGAAUACUUUAGCAGUCGUGCCUAGCUUCCUGGAGCAACGGUCGUUGUCGCAGAAUGCUGUUGACAUCUAGAAGACUCUCGGAUAGAUUGUCUUCCCUAGCGGUCCUUCUCGCGCCCAAGAUAGAAAAUGUUAUAGUGGAUACAGGGGUCAAGGUGUCUUUUCUUUACGGUGCUACAGAAUUUUGGGACAUUACUUGCUUCUUCUGGAGCAAAUAUUAUGGGACUGGGUGCGAUUUGGACCAAACUCUAAGAUCAGUUCCGACGCAUCAUGUAUCAGCAGAUAAUCUCUCGGACGUCAAAGGUUAUGUUUCUUCAGAUGUAUUUAUCAAGCAUCCAACAGUCGAGGGGAGGAUCGAUGAUGUGUCAGUAACAGCUCCCAUAGAGAGCACCAUUACCGCCGAUCCCUACGUGAACGGGCAUUGCAUAAUGACGAAAAGCGGCUUCCAGAGUUUAGGAAUGAAGUUUGUGGUAGCCAGAUGUAGAAGAAGCGAAUCAGGAGGCUCCUGCUUCCAGCAGGAUCCUCGAGGAGAUGAUUCUUGCGACAUGCAGUGUAUAGCCCAUGCUGCGAGCUGGAAAGAGAACUGUCAAGAUACGAAAAGGUGGAGGGCAGCACCGGAGCAGGCAUUAAUGUGCCUUUGCUUACGAACUGGACUACGGAUGACGUUGAGAGCUGGCUCAAUGCUCAUGGCCUACGCUGCUGCUGUGAACGCCACCAACGUGGUUGAUACUUUUUUGCUCAAGGCUUUGACAGGUGGGUCGAGGGCGAAUUAGGGCUUGUGCUCUACUGACCCCAUAUGCCUAGCUUGUCUGCGACAUUCAUUGGAAACCGCAUCCUUGACUCCCCCAGGUCGUCGCUAGAUCGCGAGUCUAGGCAUCAGCAUCGCAGAUCGAACAGAAAGUCUUUUCAAAUCCUUUGAUUGGCCAGCUCGCGAACAGUGUCAUAUUGUCACGAAACGGUCCAAGCAACA